UAAGCAUGAAUAAAUCCACACAUUAAAUUAUACUAGUAUGAUAUCAUCAGUAGUUGAUAAGGUUUAUCAUCUCUUAAUUAACAAAACAUCCCAGUUGGUGUGAGUAUCUCUUUAUUGGAUUUGGAUUUGGAUUAGGAUUAGGAUUAGGUGAAUCAGACAACGCCCGACGAUGUCAUCAAACCCCUUAAGAGAGAGUGCGUCUUUAAAACUCAUGGCGUAGUACCACUCAGCAGUCUGAGACUAUCGCUGUCUGAUUCCCGGAGCUUGGAGCCCGCCGGUUUGAAAUUUCGCGGGAAAAGUCAACGGAGACUGAGCUUCUUCCGUCGGAUCAUGGCGACAGACGAGUCGAUUUCUGCGCGGCCAGGUGAAACGCAGCAAAUCAACGGAAACAUCGUCUGGCAUUCUUGUCCCAUCACUAAAUGCGAUAGACAAGAACUGAUUAACCAAAAGGGUUGUGUGAUUUGGAUUACUGGCUUAAGUGGCUCAGGGAAAAGUAGUCUGGCGUGUGCUGUUAGCCGAGCUUUGUACAACCGUGGAAAGCUCUCGUAUAUCCUUGAUGGUGACAACGUUAGACAUGGUUUAAACAGCGAUCUUAGUUUCAAAGCAGAAGAUCGAGCUGAAAACAUUAGAAGAGUUGGUGAAGUGGCCAGAUUGUUUGCAGAUGCUGGAAUCAUCUGUAUUGCUAGUCUCAUCUCUCCUUACCGAAAGGAACGAGCUGCUUGUCGUGCAUUGCUACCACUAGGAGAUUUCAUCGAGGUGUUCAUGGAUGUGCCACUCCACGUCUGUGAGGCUAGAGACCCAAAGGGCUUGUACAAGCGUGCACGCGCUGGGGAAAUCAAAGGUUUCACAGGAAUAGAUGACCCUUAUGAACCACCUUUGGAUUGCGAGAUUGUGAUACAAAACAACAGAGACGAGAAUUCAUCUCUUUCAGAAAUGGCAGAGAUUGUUGUGUCCUACUUAGACCAAAAUGGAUACCUCAAGGCUCAAGCCGUCGUAGAGAAUCACUCCACAUAAGGAUUUGGCUAAUAUGUACAAACAUCUCUUGUAAUAUGCUCAAAAGUAUCAGUCUCAUCUCAUGUAUCAAUCAUCAAACCGCGUUUUCAUCGUUUUGAGUGCGAUAAUAAAAUCAUUAUUGAUUUGUAA